UUCUAACAGGUGUGAGUAGUUGAUAAGCCAGAUGGUUGGGUGUGUGCGUGGACAUUUGUUUGAGAAGGCCACUUGACUUUAUCUGAGCGUGUGUGCGCCCCUAUCUGUGAGUGUUACUGCAACACAGGACCAUGUUAUUGUUGCAAACAUGGUUUAUAAAGGGGCAUUCCUGGCACCCGUCCAACACAGAGUGAUUCAUAAUGUACUGAAAUAAAACAUCAUAUACAUCACAACAUGUGGUAUAGAAAAUGUACAGUGUCAAUCAACUGUCAUAGACUCAAGAACUCCUACUACGAUAGUUCAGUAUUGUAUUAUGAGAGCGAGUCCCACCAUUGACUACGAGACCGUUUCAACGGUGUUUUUCAAUUCACCUUGGGGUCUUUGUGUGUGGGGACUGACCUAAAGGCUUGUCUCUGGUCGUCUACAGGGGGCUACGGCGCAGACUCAAGACAACACAUUCCUUCGACGCUUCACUUUCUCAGUUGACGCGACGGCGACGGUUUCUCACGUGAAGCAAGGAUACAUUAGCAGCAUUGGCCAAGAUAAUAUAUCUUCUUCGCAUGACAGCGACCCGACACAGACCAACUAUUUGCAACGCUGUAAAGCGCGCAUUUGCUGUCACAUUCGCCGGAUCACUACGUCAGGACGGUGCAUUACAAACCCCCGGGGUUGGUGUGCGUCCCCAAAAAAACAAGAGGACGACAUGUACAGGCCUAAUCUUUGAACGUCUCGGGCAUAUCCGUUACCGAGAUGAAUUUGACACUGGAUUAAGGUUUCGGUUCUGGCAGUUUGCCGCGCUCCGUUCUAAAGCACCGAAAGAAGGAAGGGCUUUCUGUCUUUACUACUAUGUUAGGUUACCGUCGCUUCCUGGUUUCUUGACGGAUAAAUAAACAACUAUUUACAACCAAUUACGGAAUAAAAACGGAUGUUAAAACUUUGAGAUUAUGUAUAACAUGUAUAACAUGACUGCGAGUGGGAACGCGUCGUGAGGUCCAUCGUUCGAUUGUUUUUAAUCUGCACAUCUGUUUCUGUCCUUCUCCCGAGAGAUUUACUGACUGGCUGAGUAGCCUGAAUAUUACAACAACAAAACAUCUAUCCUGAUUUGGACAUCCGGACGUCGACGACUCUAUAGGCUAUUCCACCCGGAUCUAACCGACGCAGCCAACCGUCACUACGCAUGGGUCAGCCGGGGGCUCGGAUCCCCCGGGGCUGGAGGAUCCAGGCCCGCUGCCAGGAGGAUGUCGACCCGGAGAGGGAGAAGCAAUGGGUGGAACUGUUCGACGAACUGGACUUGAACAGUGAUGGAGUCAUCGAUAUCCACGAGCUCAGGGUGGGGUUGGCGAAACGUGGACUCUCCCGCCGCGCCGUGGACCGGCAGAUUGUCAAGGAGGGGGACAGCAACAAUGAUGGAGAGUUGGACUUCCAGGAGUUCAGGCAAUACCUCCGCUCCCACGAGCAAGAGCUGCGACUCAUGUUCCGCAGCCUGGACCGCAACAAUGAUGGUGAGAUAGAUGUAUCAGAGAUUCAGCAGUCCCUUCAAUCUCUGGGAAUAGCUGUGAGUCUGAAGGAGGCUGCCACGAUCAUGAAGAGUAUUGACAGGGAUGGUAACAUGACCAUCGACUGGGAUGAGUGGCGAGAUCACUUCCUGUUCAACCCCAUACACAGUCUGGAAGACAUCUCUCGCUUCUGGAAACACUCUCAUAUGCUGGACAUAGGAGACAACCUGACCUGUCCUGAUGAGUUCUCCGAGCAGGAGAAGAAGUCAGGGUUCGUCUGGAGACAGCUGAUGGCUGGAGCUAUGGCAGGAUCAGUCUCCCGGACCGGCACCGCCCCACUGGACCGCCUUAAAGUCUUCCUGCAGGUGCAUGGCUCGACCCCGGGGAACCCUGCAGGGGCCCUUGGGGUGGGGAACAUGAUCAGUGGGCUGAGGGCCAUGGUGAAGGAGGGGGGGUUCAGUUCCCUGUGGAGGGGCAACGGGGUCAACGUCCUGAAGAUCGCCCCCGAGACCGCCAUCAAGUUCUGGGCCUACGAACAGAUCAAGAGGUGGAUGAGUGGCAGUAAGGAGAGGGGACCUCUGAGGGUUCAUGAGAGGUUUGUAGCUGGGUCAUUAGCAGGAGCUACCGCUCAGACAGCCAUCUACCCUAUGGAGGUCCUGAAGACUCGUCUGACCCUAGGGAAGACAGGCCAGUACACCAGUGUGUUAGACUGUGCCAGACAGAUCCUCCACAGGGAGGGCAUCAUGGCCUUCUAUAAAGGAUACAUACCCAACAUCAUAGGCAUCAUACCCUACGCUGGCAUUGACCUCGCCGUCUACGAGACUAUGAAGAAUGCGUGGCUAGCGAGGCACACAGAUUCAGCAGACCCAGGUGUUUUCGUGUUGGUGGGGUGUGGAACCAUGUCCAGUACAUGUGGUCAACUAGCCAGUUACCCUCUGGCUCUGGUCAGGACACGCAUGCAGGCACAGGGUGGAGAAUAGAGAAAUCUCUGCGAUAGGAUGACACCAUCUCCAUGCUGUUGUGUGGUUGGUUGGUCCUGAAGUAGGAAGUGAUACGCCACUGGAACCUUGGAACCACCAGGACUUCUAGAACUUUUCAUAUUGGAACCAGGGUGACUUGAGAACUUUACACAAUGAAAAAGGACCCGUAGCAAUCUACCUCCCAUGACUCAUCGUAGGUGGAAGAAGAGGACAAGGAAGAGGAGAAGACGAGGUGUUGAAGACCUGCUUUCGAUGAUCUGAAAGGAUUGGGAUGUGCUUGUGGACACAGGAUUUAAAUAAACCUCUGCCUAUGAGAUUAUUCUGAAUGAUAAUGCUGUGAGGACAUGUUAGACAGCCGGAUGAGAAACAAACACAUUAAACCCUGUACUGUAUUUAGCGUUGCAACGUUUCAGUAACUUUCCCUAAAUUCCCUGAUUUUACAGAAAUCCUGGUUGGAAUUUUUCUGGUAUCAGACAGGAAUUUGCACAAAAUCCAUAAUCAUCCAACCAUGUUUUAGAAAACCUGGGAAAUUGGGGGAAAAUGACUGGAUUUUGCAACCCUAUAUUGAAACUUGAUUUUUUUUCUGAAUCCAAUUUACUGUUAAGCUUAUUUUUCAGCGUGGUAAGUUUCAACAAAGAGUUUUAUCAAGAGUUUUAUCAAGAGUUUUAUCAAAGUAUGUAAAUAGUUAGAGAUGCAUGGUUUAAUCAAGUGCUGAAGCCAAUAGAACACAGCCACGCGCUGAUGUCAUCACGAUGAUGAUACGACUCAAAGGUGGUGCCCCUUUUACGUGUGUGUCAGUGUGUGUGUGUGUACAGCGAGUAUGUGUGAUUUUUGUCUCACACAAAGUAUUAUAAAACUCCAGAAUGCCAAAUCAACCAAACUGCCAAGAUUGUGUUAUUUUUCCUCCUUCUGUAUAACUUCCAUAUUACUACUGUGUAUUUAUUUAGUGGCUGUAUGUGUAUGAGGUAUUAUCAUAACAAUGACUUCAAUAUGAUUCCAAUGA